AUGUCUUAUCCACCAUUACCCGACAGCGAUAAUGACAAUAACGAUGAUUUUCCACUCGAGGACGAAAACAUCGAUGAUGAUGAUAAGGAUGAAAGAGGAUACAGCUCAGCCACCGCUGCCAGAAGAAGAAGAAACCAAAGACGCGCCGAAAGAUAUUUAGACGAGUUGAAAAGGUCAGACCCCCAGUCUCAGGUGCCAAUGGAGUUGGCAGGUCUAUCAGCACCUCCCAUAGCUGCAGGAUACGACAUAGACCCAGAUUAUUUGACCUGGUUCGGCAAAUCUCCGAGUUCGCUAGGACCUCCGACGUUGGGUACCGCAGCUCAAGUGGUUGAUCAGGCACAGCCAAUUGGUCGCCCCGAGUAUCCUCUGGAAUUAACUGGGCAAUCAUAUCACAGCAACGCUCUGCCCCAAGUUCAAGAUGCUUCCAUUCCAGAUGAUAUGCGUCAGCUGAUUCCGGCUACUAAGCGAGAAAGGCUAAGGAGACCUAAAAUCGCUCGAGACGCUGAGAUCGUGGCGAGACAGAGGCCGAAUUAUGAGUAUUGGGAAGACCCGGCUGAUCCGGAUCCGCGAGAGGCUAUUGAUGAUCAUCCGCGUAGGAAGAACGAACGGGUGAAGGACUGGAAACUGCGGGUGUUGAAAGCCAGAUCAGACCUAGGCAUCCAAAUGAAAGAUUUGCCCCCGGAAACCAAAGCUGAAUUACUCCCGUCAGCGGGUAGUAUGAGACCAACAGAAUGGAGAGUUACAACGAAUAAACUGCAUCGAAAGAGGUUGAAGGAAGAUAAGGCGUAUAAUGCCCAGUUUCAUCAGGAGAAAAAGAACCGACAGGAAAACAAUAAGAGGAUUGACGACAAUCUCUUACAGAAAGUACGAGAGUGGCAACAGCGCAGAGGCUUGCCCCGCGAGCCGACUCCAGACCCUGGGGAGGAUAGUGGGGAUGGAUUGUGGCACAUGGAAUUUUUGAAAACCAUGCAUGACGUAACGAAAAGGAGAUGUAGGGAAUGCGCAUUAUCAAAAUAUGCUUGUUCUUUGGUGGAGUUUCCCAAUAUACAUCCUUGCACAUACUGCUCCCGAAGAGAGUUCAAAUGCGAGCCAUACAUACCUCAUUAUAAAGUGAGAGGAGCUCCCCACCUGGCCGGCGAGCUUUACGAGGUGCCUCCGACAACGAAAGGCAAGCCCAGAGUAGAAGAUACCUUGAAGCGCUUUGAUUAUCUGAAAGCGUACGAUCCGGCACUCGGUGGAAAUCCUGAAAAGUAUAAGAUCGAUUAUGGUGCCGCGAAACUUGCAGCGGCACAUCCAUAUCAAAGCCAUCCACAACCUUAUAGGAGCAGAACACCUCCAGGAGAAUCCAGGGAUGGAGUCAAUCCAAGUCGAGCAAGACUCGAGGCACUACCGGCCGACCAACGAACCACGACUGAGACUCCACGAAGGCGACGGUCACGCAGUCCCCUUCGUGACCGCCCAACUGAUAUCGGGCGCUUGGGGAGAGACUUGUCGACGGCCGACAGACAAACCACUCUCCUAUCGUCCACACCUCUUCCGGGUCCGGGGACAGGAGACGAAUUCGGUGGUACUGAGGAUCUUCUUUUCGGCGAUGAGGAUCUCUAUAAUGCGAGCCCCCCUCGACCUGCUCAACCUGCUCAACCUGCUCAACCCGCUCAACCCGCUCAUAAUGUACCCUUUCCAGAAUUGCCAGCCGUGGUCCUGGAAUCUGGUGCACGGCUCCAUUUUGGAGCUUGCAAGAAUUGUGCUGAUCAUGGUCUCGACUGUGACAACGUGAGACCUUGUGGACAUUGUCGACAAUUGAAUCUUCCAUGCGACGAGUUGUUGGUUCGCGUAUCGAACUUCCACAAUCUGCCCUUCCGUCCAGCCCCAACGCCCGCCGCUCAGCCCAGCACUGAAGAUUCGGGUCAAGGAAGGUCUUUCGCAGAUGUCACCAAUUUGGCUUUAUCCAGCCUGAACUUAUGGGGACAAGUUGAAUCCCAGCGAGCCGAUGCAGUACAACCAACGGAAACAUCUGAAGAUGGAGCAGUCAACCUUAUUGCCGCCGCUCAGCAACCCGCCGUAACGACAAACGUGGACUCUGAGGGAGACUUUGAUAUGGGCCAAUUCUUGAACGCAAGCCCAGGGAACGUCAGCAAAAUGAAUCGGGAGCUUGAAAAUCCAUCCAAUUCACAACAAAUAGUAUCCGCAAGCCCGACGGGAUUCGCAAGGCUCACCUCACGUAUAAGUCCCUUGAGCGCAAGCCAAGAUCGCCAGAACCUCGCUAACGAAACUGGAUCACAAUUCCAUUACGCCUCCACAGAACAAAGUAUCGUCCCUAGCGCCACACUGCAAGAUCUCGCCGCGGGUGGAGGUAGCCCUAUGGACUUCAUGACCGAAUUGUCAUUCUUACAACCCAUCAACUCCCCCCUGAGGGGAGGAGCAGAGGUGCAAUUAACACACCGUAGUCUCCAGCGACUCAACGGAUACAUGCUGAUCGAUUUCUACGACCACGCUCAUGACGAGGAGAAAGCCCUCAAAGCCGAAGAUUUCCUCAUGACAUUCCGAAAAUGGAAGCCGGGCAUGAUCAAGAAUCCUCCCGACAACAAGAACAUUCCCUGCAUACAGGACUUGGAUUGGAAUGCGAAACUCAAAGGCUUGAAGGGUCCUGCUUCUGAUCCUCGCUUCUGUUUCAACACCCCAAGUGCGAAAUGUGAGACGACUGGCCAUAAUUCCGCAUUUGGAAAUGCAGACGGUCAUAUAUGUGAAUACUGCCAUAUGAUACAAGAGGGCGUUGCUAUGGAAAUUUCACGGGCCGACACACAAACUCACAAGGCAUACAUGUGUACAGAGUGCGCUGUAGAGGCAUCACAAGAUGCGGAUAUCUUGAGAGGAGAGUGUGUCUGCAGGGAAACGAUGGCUCUAAAUACGGUGUGUCAUCCACAUUUCGAAAGUGGAUGGAAAGAGAUACAACUCAAGACCGUGAGUGCGAAUGAAUGGUUGUUGAGGAACUUUGGCCAAGGAGAAGAAAAAUGUGUGGUGUGUGCUGAGAGGGGUCCGCAGCCAUCAGGUGGAGUGUAUGUCUGUAAGGCUUGUCACUCCAUUGUGAAGGAUUGGAAUUAG